GUUUUGAGAGGAGUUUCGGCGUUGGCGGGGGCACUGCCAAGGGCUAUGUUUUUGUUCGGAAAUCAUCGGACAAUGGAUCUGAUCCCGACUGGGCGGUAGAUGAGUGUUGAAGAGGCCGAGCGGUGGGGGCUUGUUAAGGAGAUUGUACCGCAGGGCAAGUUGCUGAGUAGAGCUUUGAACUAUGCUGAAGAGAUUGCAAGUCUAAGUCCAGAUAGCGUUAUUAUUUCGCGCCUGUCGGCAAGGGAGGUUUGGGAAACGGGGUCAGAGCUGUGGGCGGACAAGAUGUUGAGAGGACCGGACGUUGACGAAGGUUUGAAUGCAUACAAGGAGAAGAGACAACCAAAAUGGGUGCCCUCGCACCUUUGA